AUGAACACCGCUGAGCCACGACAGCGCGUGCCUCGUGUCGCUUGGAAUGACGCGAGCGUGACCGGCCACCUUGCUCGCGGUGAGCCCAUCGUGCUCGUUGGUGGCUGCCCGCUCAUAGCAGCUGUUGUCGGUCGCUGGAGCUUUGACUCUCUCUCCGCAGCAUUCGGCGAACGCGACUGCAGCGUGCACGUUUCGCGUACCGAGAACUUUGCUCGGCUCUACGGACACGGCCUCGGGCUUGGCGGCGUGCGACAGAUGCCGUUUCGCUCCUUCGUCGAAGCGGCUUCUCAGCGUGGCACGGGGAGUCACGAGACAGACUUGAACUACUACCUCCAGGUGCCACUAGUUAGUCCAGGUGCCGCCCAGUCGACUCCAGUGGCGCUCGAGGCCGAGCUGCGCGACCUGGGUUGGGCGUGGCUGCACUCGGCAUGUGAGGCGGCCGCGUCGCAGCCGCUGCAGGCCCUGCAGCUGUGGGCGGGCCAUGGAGUCGGCAUGACGCCCUGCCAUUUCGACGCGAUGGACAACUUUCUUGCGCAGCUGGAGGGGAGGAAGAGCGUGCUCGUGUACCCGCCGCACUGCUCGUUUGAUCUGUACCCGUACCCGACGGGCCAUCCGGCGGACAACUUCGCGAUGGCCGACCCGGAACGACCAGACCUUGGGCGCUGGCCCGGCCUGGCGAGGGCGACAGCGCUCGAGGCCGAGCUCGCCCCGGGCGACGUGUUGUGGCUGCCGCGGUACCACUGGCACCUGGUUCGCCAGGUGCCAGACGCGUGCGGAGGCGAGCACCCUCCGCCCUUCUCCCCCAACCUCUCCCUCAGCGCGUGGGUGGGCGGCAAGGGCACCGAGGCAUUCCGUGCCGAGGCGGACGCGGCGUACGCGGCGGCCAAGCUGGCCGAAGCGGCUGAGGCGGUGGUCGAAGCGGAGGACAUCGAGUUUGCGGCGGAGUGCGCCUCGCAUCGUGCUGCGGCGCUGCGUGCCUUCCACGCCGCCCGGCUGGUCGAGACCAUCGCGGCGAAACUGCUGCGCUCGCAGGUCGAGGGUGGCGCCUUUCUCACCGCCCUCGCCGCCGGUGCCGACGCUUCGUGGCCUGCAGGCUCGAGUGCGCGGCGUGCAGCGCGGCGCAUCCGGCUACAGCUGGCGCACCUGCUUGGUUCUGAAGCGAACGCGGCGGCGCUGCUGCGCGCGACGACGCAGCAUGGGCGCCUCGCGGGCGCAGCACCGCCUUGCGAGUAA